GCCGUUUGAUGACAGUACCAGAGACGGACCAACGACAGAAACAAAUCCCUCUCUCAUGGAAUUUUGGCGGAUUAAAUGGGAAAUUCUCGUUUAAAUUGUUAAUUGAUUUGCAGUUUGUCACCGCCGUGCCUCUCUUGUUAACGUUUAUCGCACGGGGGAAAAAACUGUCCCGGUUGUCUGAGACGGUUCGUUGUAAACAAUAACAAUGGCCUCUGGUUCGUCGUCCUCUCCCGACACUGCGACGGGCUCCGGUACGGAUCCAGCCCGGCCCGAUACGGGGGAGCCUCUUGGUGGAGCGGGCUCGGACUCUGAUUCGGACCUGGGCUUGAGUAAAUUUGACUGCAGCGCAGUGGGGGCGGGGGACCUGCUAGAGGGAGAGGAGCUGGAGCUGGAGUUUGAGUCUGCAGCCGACCGCGUGAAGGAUCUGAUACAGACAGCCAGCAGGGACCAGCUGCUCUACCUGUACGCCCGCUACAAACAGGUCAAAGUUGGAAAGUGCAAUACAUCAAAGCCUGGCUUCUUUGAUUUUGAAGGACAACGGAAAUGGCAAGCCUGGAAGCAGCUUGAAGACAUGCAGCCGGAGCAGGCAAUGCAAGAAUACAUUUCCCUUGUCAACGUGUUAGAUCCCGAGGGCGCCACAAAGCAACGACGAGGAGCAGAAAGAAGAACAGGUUUCGGAGGAGCAGCAGUCAGCUCUUUAUACCAGGAGGAGAUGAUAAGGGAAGAGGACAAGAACAUCUUUGAUUACUGCAGAGAAAAUAACAUCGAGCACAUCAGGAAUGCCAUCAGCACGCAGAAACUGGAUGUCAAUACCAAAGACGAAGAGGGUCGGGCUCUCCUGCACUGGGCCUGUGACAGAGGGCACAAGGAGCUGGUGUCUGUCUUACUGCAGCACAAAGCUGACAUCAAUAGUCAGGAUAAUGAAGGGCAGACAGCGCUACAUUAUGCAUCCGCCUGCGAGUUUGCUGACAUUGUAGAGCUUCUCCUGAACAGCGGCGCUGACCCAUCCAUCAAAGACAUGGAGGGCUCUCUUCCCGAGGAGGUCACUGAAUCCAGCGCCAUCUCCACACUCCUGCGCCAGUACACCGCUCCGAAAGGCUAGCUCAUUCCUUUAUAGUACCGUCCAAGUCUCCUCUCCUCUCUUCUCUUCUCCACAUAUUUGUCCAGCAUUCCCAUUACUCCUCCUUGAUUCUUGGAAAGACUCUCUACGUUCUGCGGUUUGUAAGCCAGGAAUGCAGAUAUUUUGUUUUGUUGUUCUUUAGUUUCCAAGUUUUGAAAGUGAACCUCAUAUCAUGUUUGACUCUUCUGGAGUUCAUCUGUGAACAUAUAUGUCACAAUUGAUAAGACAAAAAAGGGCAUUGCAUGUGUUUUCAGUUAUUUGUAAAAGUGUAUAUUGCUUGUACAGUAGAACUGGAUAACAUGCUGAUCACUGCAAGGCAGUAAAGAUCUGUUGACAAUAAUUUUGCUGUACUGAGGAAAGUAUUCCCAGAAUAACUUCUGCUAAACAGACAUCUAUGUGGACAAUAUGACAAAUUAAUAAACUAGAUAACAUCUUG